AUGUCUCAGAGAGCCAAUCGCCACCAGAGAAGGCCAUCCCAGAGCUUGUUCGUGUCUCCUGACUAUCUUUUGGCUCCUCUUUCUGAUGAUGCUGCAGCUGCAGACAAGGUGGCUGAUGCUGCCGCUGCUGCUGCUGCUGCUGUAUCCGGUCAAGCUAUGCCGCCGCAGCCGAUAACUCCCCCUCUGCCGCCAACCCCGAAAGCUGCAGAGACCAAGGAGGUUCCGGCCACGGACAACCAGAAAACUGCAGACGCUGCUAACUAA